AGUCUCCUCGUCGCCGGAGGUCGGCGCACACGACGCUGCUCAAACUAGUUGCCUGUAAACAAGGAGAUAAAGGAGGCAAGACACCUACUCUCGCCUGAUCGACCACGAAGUAGUCAACGUGAAAUAGACAUGGUAUUCCUCUUGAAACGACUGUCGAACAGGCAAAUACUGGUGCACAUCCUCGCGACGUUGUUUGGAAUUGGUACGUGGCUGCCAGUAAAUGGAAUGUACGUCCAGUUGCCACUGCUAGUCCAGACGCAGCCGGAAGGAUGGGACCUGCCCUCGUACAUUACUAUCAUCAUACAAAUAGCAAAUAUUGGGCCCAUCCUGUACGGACUGUCGCAGACGUUUCUCCCAGGGAAGCUGAGAGACAGCUUCAUCAUUUACGGCGUUUUAAUAAUGGGCGCUAUUGCGCUCCUGCUGAUGGCACUGCUAUAUAGGGAGACGACGUACUUUGGCGCUGAAGAACAUAGCACAUCUUUGUUCGUUCUGACGUUUUUCUGUGCUCUAGUUGGCUGCACCAGCCUUGUGCUCUUCAUGCCCUUCAUGAGGAACUACAAGGAAACGUAUCUUAUAUCCUACUUUGUCGGAGAGGGCCUCAGCGGUUUUUUACCAAGCGUACUCGCUCUUAUACAAGGUGUAGGAGGUAAUCCAAGCUGUGUGAAUCAAACAGUCGUAAAUGAUAGUAAUCCUGACGACUCCUAUACAAUUCUUGUGUCCGACACACCGUCACCAAAUUUCUCAACCACUGUUUUCAUCCUAAUUAUGUUCGUAAUACUUAUCAUUAGCACUGUCUCUUUCGCACUUUUGAACAAUCUGGAAAGCUGCAAAGCUGAGAGAGUGAAGUCCCAAAUGGUGCAGUAUAAGAAAGGAGGAGGGGUAGUCAACACCACGGAGGACAACACUCCAGAAGAAUCUAGCGAGCAGUCGGAUGUGGAACGCACGCUGCCACUUUCCCGCUGUACCUACAUCUAUCUGAUGGUGCUAGUCUCCACAGCGGCAGCGUUUGGAUACGGUGUGCUUCCCAGCAUCCAGUCUUACUCCUGCUUACCAUACGGUAACGUCGCCUAUCACUUGGUGGUGACUUUGUCUGCCAUGGCAAAACCACUGGCGUGUUUCAUACAGUUCUUCCACCCAAGGACGUCAGUGACAGCUUUAUCCGGGAUCGCAGUGAUAAGCGGCAUUUUUGCUGUCUACAUCAUUGUCUUAGCACUCAUGAGUCCGACACCACCUCUGGUUGGCUACACGAUUGGGCAGUUCCUCGUGGUGAUAUCAUGGGUAAUUUUCACGGGAGCAAUUACGUACGUCAAGCUCGCGAUAGCAUCCAUCUUCCGGACGGAAGGAGGCCGCAGCCUCUUCUGGUGUGGCGCCAUGUUGCAGCUCGGCGCUGCCACAGCUUCUGUGGCCACUUUCUUGCUUGUGAACUUCGCUGACAUCUUCCACUCGUACACGUCGUGCUGAGCUUUAGAAUAGGCAGUGCACUGCCCAGUGAAAAACAAAACAUGCGUUAGAGUGCUCUGAAACAGCAACGAAUGUCUGAAGCUACAGAUAAUUAUCCGUAAUAUAUGCGCCCUGAUAUUUCAGAUAAAUAUUAUUUGGGCUGCUAUAAGACGUCGCAACAUUACUGGAUAAAAUUCAUAGACGAAAGAAAACGAGCAAGACAUAGAUCAUACUGUGAAUUAAAAUGAGGAGGACGCGAAAUGCUAUUCCAUGCCCUGUCUCCUAAAUGCUGUCAGCUCCACAUCAGAAAGCGUGCAGCUUGUAUGAGCAACUAGGCUUGAUGAAAUACAGACAUGCAACAGUCUGACAGAGGAUGCACCUAGUCUAAAAAAAAUCUGUGCUUGGUGGCUGAUUACCUCUGGGGAAACAGUCAUCUGUUUCAAUAGUAUAAGUAAAUUUUAUUUGUUGUGUGUUCCGUGGGUUAUCUGUACAAGGUAUUACAAUAAUGAACAGCUAAUCAGUUUAUAGGAUACUUAACAUAAUUUGUAUCUAAAUAGGACUGGGUGCUAAACAUUGACUGACAGGUUUGUGUG